CUUGAAAUAGAGAGCUCGAGAGCUCAAUAAAUGUAAAAACCAAACCAACCAACCAACCAUUCUCUCAGUUUCUCUACUUUUCCUUUAAAUGGUCUCUCAUCUCUUCAUCCACAGGAGUCUUGAGUUUUAUAGAAAUAGACAAGCUUGAAGCUUUGUUUGAAUGGUGGAGUUACUGUGUUGUUCUUUUGUCUUUAACCUCUUGGCCCAUUCUUUGUCUGUUUCUUCCAUAUCAACCACAUAAAUUAAAAGGAAACCUCAUCUGUAAACAAGUGUUUUUAUCCAAAGACCAAAACAAAAAGUUGCUGAAGCUUGUGGACAUGGAAAAGAAACUGAUAAUGCUUCUGUUACUUCUGCAAUUUCUGUCCUUAAACUCUCUGUCUCUGAAACAUUCUUCACCCAAACCAAAUGCAAAGAUUACUGUGACAGGUCUUGUUUACUGCGACGUCUGCUCCAACAACAGUUUCUCCAAACACAGCUACUUCAUUCCUGGUGUGGAAGUGAGAAUAGCCUGCAAAUUCAAUUCAGCUUCAUCGAGAACUAGAGAGAUGAUAACGUUCUCUGCAAAUCGAACCACAAACGAGCUUGGACUCUACAAGCUAGACAUAACAUCUUUAGAAGGCGUUGCUUGCGCAGAAGAUUCUCUAAUGGCUUCUUGUCAGGCAAGCUUGAUCGGUAGCUCCUCAGAUUCUUGCAGCGUUCCAGGCUUUAGAACUACAACGAAUCAGGUCGUGUUUAAGUCCAAGAGGUCGAAUCUCUGUGUUUUUGGGUUUACGGCUUUAAAUUUCAGACCCUUACAAAAGAAUCUUCACUUGUGUGGCAAGUAAUAAAGAACAAACUGGUAAUAAUUUCAGUAUUUGUUUGUUUCUACUCUAACUAGGAACAGGAUCACUCUGUUCUGUCUUCUUCUCCUCUGUAUCUUUAUCUUUUAU